GGUCCAGAGUGUUUGAGGGGGGGGGGGGAAGCUCAGACACACACAGACAUACAGCAGCAGUAUCUCUUCCACCAUGAACAACCUUCGAGUGAGACUGAACUGUGCAAGGCUCUUCGCUGCCGGGGGCUUGUUUCUCUUCUUUGUAACUUCGUGCACCAACUAUUGGCUGCAUGCUGUGACCUACCCGAGUCUGAACACCAGUGAGCUGGAGCAGCCCUCCUAUUCAAAUGGAACUAACCAGCAAAACACCAAUGGAGAAAGGAAUUCAGUUGGAUCAAAUGAAAACUAUUUCACUGGGAAUUCAACCAGAACAAAUCAACCACUUGUCCUUAAACAUUCUUCAAACAGCCGAAAACGAUUCAAUAAAUACAGAAUCUUAGCUGUGAAACAACCGACUCUGAUUUAUUAUCAUGAAGGGUUCUUCUGGAAAUGCUGGUUUACUGACCAAUGGACAGAAGAUACAAUUUUAAAAUUUAUCUUCAUUAACCAACCACCUUCAAAGUGCUGUGUCCAUGCUUAUUCUUCCCCGUUUCCAAGCAGCAAUGGGGAAACCUCCAUCGAAUUUGAAUCUGCAUUAGUUUAUCGUCAAUGCUGGAGUGCAUUCAUGUUCUUGGCAGUGAUAGUUAUUACAAUUGGAUCUAUUGUCAUCAUUUUUAAAACAUUUUGGAACAAUCAUGAGAAGAAUAAAAUUGUGGGAGGCAUAAUGUUUCUGUGUGGUGGUCUUUACAUUGCGUCUAUUGUCAUGUAUGUCUGCUGGAUAUCAGCUGUAUAUCAAAUGGUGAACCAAGACGUUACAUUUCUAAAUGUUGAUGAGACGGUAGUGACAUAUGGUUGGUCUUUCAUGGCAGCUCCUGUUGGAAUACUGCUGUCUUUGAUUUCAGGCUUGUUGUUCUGUAAUCUCUCUGGUACUGCGAGCAAUAGAAAGGACAUAAAUGUGAAUUCAAAGUUUGAUUGGUAAAUUCAAUUUAAAUGUACAGGCAAUAACAAAAUCUGAAAUGUAUCAUUGUAUUUUAUCCUGUCAAGAUAUCAAAAUAUUCUGCUUGUAUUCAAUAAUAAUUCUUGCUAUAUAGCUUUAGAAUUUUAUCUUAACAUCUUCAGUUUUGAAUGCUUAGUAUGGUAAAAGUGAGAUGAAAUGGUUUAAAGAAAAAAUAAAUGUGAGAGUAUUUUCUUUAGUUCCAGAAAAAAAAUAUAGAAGCUAUCUGUUUGGGAUUAAUUUUGAUGCAAAUUUUAUACAGAUGAGGAACUUCAGAAAGGUUUGGUUGAUGAAUAUCCAAGCUGUAUGGAAUAAUAUACAUUCAACAAAAGCUGACCCUAAAAAAUAGCUGAGGAUUGACCUUGCUGAUAUAAAGGAACUGUGAAAAAAAUAUCUAAGAUAAAGUGAGUUGAUGAAAGAUGCCAAUUAUCAAGCUGUUUUACAAAAAGCAAAAUGCUUGCUUGAAGAAAUUCUGUGAAGUAGUAUGUCUUGUACUGCGAAGGUUUAUAUGGAAAAUGCUAAUCAAUAUUUUCUUUAAUUUUUCUUUGUGAGUAAAAAUUUUUGUUUAAAAGAAAAUGAAAGUGUUUAACUUUUUUUUUCUGCAGGUUACAGUGUGUGUUAGUUAUUUGUUAGUUAUGUCUUAGUUAUGUGUUGGUUAUGUGUUACUUUAUUUUAAUAACAUGGUAAAAUGUAUCCUUUAAUUACCUUGAGCACUUAGGGAGAGAUUGCUGGCACAUAUAAGUAUACAACAUAAAACAGGCAUGUGUAAUGUUUCAAAUUCCAAAUAAAGUUAUUGCAAAGAAAA